AUGGAAGUAGCCAAUCUCACUGAAAUGAUGCCCUCCACCAUCAUCCUGAGUGGCAUCCCAGGCCUGGAGGAAGCUCACAUAUGGAUUGCUAUCCCAUUCUGCUCCGUGUACCUCUUUGCCAUGGUGGGGAACUGUGGCCUCCUUUACCUCAUCUGGAUCGAGGAGGCUCUGCACAGGCCCAUGUACUACUUCCUCUGCAUGCUCACCCUCACUGACAUUGCAAUGGGCACAUGCGUGGUGCCCCAGGCAAUAUGCAUCUUCUGGUUCAAGCUCAAAGAGGUUGACUUCAAUGCCUGCCUGACCCAGAUGUUCUUCAUCUACACAUUCACAGGGAUGGAGUCUGGUGUGCUCAUGCUCAUGGCUUUGGACAGAUAUGUGGCCAUCUGUUACCCCCUGAGGUAUGCCACCAUCCUGACCAAUUCUGUUAUCACCACAGCAGGAGCAGUCACCUUCCUCAGGGGGGUGAUGCUGGUCAUGCCAGUCGUCUUCUUGGCCAGGAGACUGCCAUACUGCCGCACUAAUGUCAUCCCUCACACCUGCUGUGACCACAUGUCUGUGGUGAAGCUGGCCUGUGCCAGUAUCAGGACAGACACUGUCUACGGCCUGAUUGUCUCCCUGAUGAUUGGAGGCUUAGACAUCAUCUGCAUCUCCAUCUCCUACAUCAUGAUCCUCAGGGCUGUGCUCGGCCUCUCCUCCAAUGAAGCACGCAGCAAGGCCUUUGGCACCUGCACAGCCCAUGUAUGUACCAUGAUCACCACCUACACACCAGCAAUUUUUUCCAUCAUUACACCCCGCUUUGGGAAUUACAGAGUCACACCACACAUUCAGGUCCUUAUGGCCAAUGUCUACCUGCUCCUGCCAGCCAUUCUCAACCCUGUCACUUUUGGGGUAAAGACCAAGCAGAUUCAGGAAAGCUUUCUCAAGAUAUUUAUCAGGGGAAAGGCUAGUUCAGAGAUACCCCUGGGACAGGAUAAAAAGUGAUAAAAUUUGCACACAAGGAAAGAAACCAACCAAGCCAGGAACUAGAAAGCCAGUUCUUCAUA